UUUAACUCACACCUAAUAGCAACAAAGCAUUUAUCUAUUCAACCAUUUAAUUUCUUACUAUUAAUGGGUAGCUUCAAGUUAGCAUUUGUUAUUAUAAUGUUGAUGGCUUUGAUGUAUGCACAAAAUGGUGGUGCAGUUCCAUGUGGACAAAUCUCAAGUAACCUUGUGCCAUGCUUAGGUUAUGUUCAGAAUGGUGGUGCUGUUUCCCCGCGAUGUUGUUAUGGCAUUAGAGGGUUAAUUAAUGCGGCUAGGACCACCGCUGACCGCCGUGCCGUUUGUGUUUGCUUGAAGUCAGCUGCUGCUUCUAUCAAAAGAAUCAAUGUAGGCUAUGCUGCUUCACUCCCAGGCAAAUGUGGGGUUAAUAUCCCUUACAAGAUCAGUGCUUCCACCAACUGUGCUAGUAUUAGGUAAGGUGGAAUGUUAUGAAUGAUGAAUCUUCGACAAGAAAUUAUGUACUCCUAUAUUAGCUAUUAUGAAUGAGAAUAAUAAGAGGAACUAGGUCUGCGGUUAUGCCAAAGCUACUUUCCUCUUCUAUUUAAGAGUAUCAUUAAGUUGUUAAAUACUUAUUAUAUGUGCUUUUAUGUGAUGUUUCUUAUUGGGGUGUGUUUAUGUAAUGUUUCUUUACUUUAAUAAUAUCAUCAGUUUGAUUAUAAAUUAA